CUCGUCAACCAUAAACAAACCAGACAACAUGGCCGCUAGAUUCCUGACAUUCUCCGCCCUCGUGGCCGCCGCCACCGCUGUGGCCAUCCCCGUGGUGCCCGUCGCAAAGCUGGCAUACGCUCAGCAAGCAUACGCUCAGCCCGAAGCACCCGCUCACUACGAAUACACAUACUCCGUCCACGACAACCAAAGCGGAGAUGUGAAACAACAACAGGAGUCUCGUUCUGGCGACGCGGUGCACGGCUCAUACUCUCUCGUGCAGCCUGACGGUGUUCACCGUAUCGUCGACUACACCGCCGAUGAAGAGCACGGAUUCAACGCUGUUGUCCGUUAUGAAGGCACCCCCAUCGCUCAGGCUCCUGCCAAGGUCGCCUACGCUGCUCCCGUCGCCUACGCUCACGCCCCUGUCACCAAGGUCGUAGCCGCAGCUCCCGUCGCUAAGGUCACCUAUGCCGCUCCCGUCGCCAAGCUCGCCUACGCUGCUCCAGUCGCCAAGAUUGCCUACGCUGCUCCCGUAGCGAAGCUCGCAUACGCUGCCCCCGUAGCCAAGGUCGCCUACUCCGCUGCUCCUGCUCAAGUCACCUACGCUCACGCCCCAGCUCAAGUUACCUACGCCCAGGCCCCCGCUGAGGUCACCUACGCUCAUGCUCACUCUCACGCUCCCGCCCAGGUGACCUACUCCCAGGCUCCCGCUCAAAUCUCUUACCAGCACGCCCCAGUGUACGCUGCAGCUCCCGUCGCCAAGGUUGCGUACGCCGCUGCUCCCGUAGCCAAAGUAGCUUACGCUGAAAACCUUGGUCACGUGACCUUCUCCUCCCCUGCCGUAUCUUACCACCACUAAGUCAUAAGAAGCUAAAUGUUGUUACUUAUUUAUUUUGUUAAAUACAAGAUCGUCAAUUGAA